AUGGCCCGUUCUAUUGCCUCCAGGCGGAUCUGGGGCCCCCUCUCCCUGUCUUCUUCCAGACUUUCGGUCUGCUCAUCAUGCAGAGCCACGGUCAGAGGGCUGUCAUCGUCCAAAGCGGUCGCCUCGUCCCUGUCCGAGGCGCAGAGCAAGCUACUCGGCGACCACUUGAAAGACGCAGAUCCUGAGAUCUAUUCCAUCUUGCAAAAGGAAAAAGCGAGGCAGAAGCACUUCAUCAAUCUCAUUCCCUCCGAGAACUUCACCUCUCAAGCAGUGCUAGAUGCGCUAGGGAGUAUCAUGCAGAACAAGUACUCUGAGGGAUAUCCUGGUGCGCGCUACUACGGCGGGAACGAACACAUCGACGAAUCCGAGAGGCUCUGCCAAAAGCGAGCCUUGGAGACGUAUCGGUUGAAUCCGGAGGAAUGGGGUGUCAAUGUCCAGCCGCUAUCUGGUUCCCCGGCCAAUCUGUACGCCUACUCAGCGUUGCUUGCCUCCCACGAGAGAAUCAUGGGUCUGGACCUCCCACACGGCGGACACCUGUCCCACGGCUACCAGACACCGACCAAGAAGAUUUCGAUGGUCUCCAAGUACUUCGAGACAUUCCCGUACCGUCUGGACGAAUCCACGGGGCUGAUUGACUACGACAAGCUCCGCGAGAACGCACUCCUGUACCGGCCCAAGAUCAUUGUUGCCGGGACGUCGGCAUACAGCCGACUCAUCGACUAUGAGCGCAUGCGAGCGAUCGCGGACGAAGCGGGCGCGUACCUGCUCUCGGACAUGGCGCACAUUUCCGGAUUGGUUGCGGCCGACGUGAUCCCCAGCCCGUUCACGCAGUCGGACGUGGUGACGACCACGACGCACAAGUCUCUGCGCGGGCCUCGCGGGGCCAUGAUCUUCUACCGCAAAGGCGUGCGUCGCACCAACAAGAAAGGCGAGAAGGAAAUGUACGAUCUCGAGGGCCCCAUCAACGCAUCCGUCUUCCCCGGCCACCAGGGCGGCCCGCACAACCACACCAUCACCGCGCUGGCCGUCGCCCUGAAACAAGCCCAGUCCAAGGAGUUCCAGGAAUACCAGAAGACCGUGCUGGCCAACUCCAAGGCGCUGGCCGAACGGCUCGGCAAUUCCGCCUACACGGGCGGCCUGGGCUACAACAUUGUCAGCGGCGGCACGGACAACCACUUGGUCCUGGUGGACUUGAAGUCGAAGGACAUCGACGGGGCCCGCGUCGAGCGAGUGCUGGAGCUGUGCGGCGUUGCGGCCAACAAGAACACCGUCCCCGGAGACAAGUCGGCCCUGAAGCCCGGCGGCCUGCGCAUGGGCUCGCCCGCCAUGACCACCCGCGGCUUCCAGCCUCAGGACUUCUCGCGAGUCGCCGAGAUCGUGGACCGCGCCGUCUCCAUCGCCAUCAACGUCGACAAGAAGGCCCGCUCCGAUGCCGAGAGCAAGGGCAAGAAGAACCCGCGCGCCGUCAAGAGUUUCCUCGAAUACCUCAAGGAUGGCACCGACGUGCCGGACAUCCUGACCUUGAGAAAGGAGGUCGAGGACUGGGUCGGCACUUUUGCCGAGCCAUGGAUUAAAGACUAG